AUGUUAGAGGAGAGGGUCGCGAAGGUUAAGGAGCAGUACGAUGCUUUGCUUGAGCAGACCGUCGGUCUCAUGGGUGACAAAGUGAAGCACCUAAAAGACGCUGAGAAGAAGCUUGUUCCGAAGCCGCGAAAGCACCCAGUCGUCUGCAUCUACUGUUGUAUGCGCAAUCUUCCUUGCGACCGCGGAACGCCCUGUCGUAACUGCGCAAAGGCCAUGCAUGACUGCAAGCGUGCCAUGUGUGCCAACUUCAAGACCGGUAUCUGCCGCAACAAACUCUGCAAUAGGGCACACGAGGAGGAUGCCAAGCACUACGGUAAUAUAGUGCAUGCAGGUCAUGUGCGCAAGGAGAAGGACGAGAACAAACGCACAAAGAAGCGAGCGAGGAGGCGAGGGUAG